UUUCGAUUCGGGCACUCGGUGCAGCGCUUGUUCCUACUCCUGCUCAGCCGCACCACAACGCCACCAGCAGUUGAAGGGAUAGGUAUUACUGCUGGGAGCGGCUCGGGGCACAUCCGAGCCCAAAAUGUGAUCUCGGAUGCGAGCUUUGGGGGGUAUUUGAAGGCUGCAUCUUCUUGUCCGUCUGCCACGGCUCCCUCCCACAUCCUCGCAAGUCCAGCGUGACACUGUCUCCCGACCCUUAUUGCUGCAAUUAAUCUAAAUUCUAGAACGGCUGAGACACUUCCGUCCAGUUUCCGCGCCCCCCCUCUACUUCCUCGAAUUUACUUGUCGAGUUAGGUAACGAUGGGUAACCGAGACCAAGGCGAUGUCGACUCUGCCUCGACGUUACCCGAGGCGGGAACGCUGUCGGACGCUGAGACAGUCGCGCUGAUGCGAAAAAUCGACCUGCACGUCUUGCCGAUGCUCUUCCUCAUCGAUCGAGCCAAUAUUUCGAAUGCACUUACCUUGGGGCUGCCGCGCGAGCUGGGCUUGACGGGCCAGCAACCGAAUAUUGCGCUCGCUAUCUUCUUCGUCCCCUACAUCGCCUUUGAGAUCCCUUCUAACCUUUUGAUGAAGAGGUUUACGCCGCAUGUCUGGCUCUCUCUCUGCAUCUUUAGCUUCGGCAUCCUCAUGCUAGCCCAAGGUUUCGUUCGGAAUUACAGCGGCCUGCUGGCCACCCGCUUUUUCUUGGGAGUUUUUGAAGCGGGCAUAUUCCCAGGCAGCUUUUACCUGAUCAGCUUCUGGUAUAAGCGGCAAGAGUCCCAGAAGCGGUUUACCAUCUACUUCUCUUCCGUUAUUUGCGCAUCCGCUUUCGGGGGGCUUCUCGCAUCCGCCAUCGCGCACAUGGAUGGGAUACAAGGCCUGAGCGGAUGGAGGUGGAUUUUUAUCCUGGAGGGGAUUUUGACCGUGCUAGUUGCCGUUGCUGCCUUCUUCGGCGUUAGCGAUUUCCCCGAGGACGCGGGAUGGUUGACGGGGAUGGAAAAGGAGUUUGUGCUGAAGAGGACUCGUGCGCAAGAGGAUGGUGAGCCAGAAAAGAUCACGGGACGAGACGUGGCCGACUUCUUCAAGGACCCGAAAAAUUACUUGGGUGCGUUGAUGUACUUCGCGGUGGUGGUGCCGGUGUACGCGUUCGCCUACUUCACGCCCACGAUCAUCGGGACACUCGGAUACUCGACGAUUCAGACACAGCUCCACUCUGUGCCGCCCUUCGCAGCGGCACUCGGGAUGUGCCUCGUGCUGGCGUAUCUGUCGGGCCAGACAGAUAGCCGGCUGCCAUUCGUCCUCUUCCCUGGCGCUCUCCUGAUCGCCGGCCUCGCAAUCCUAAUGACGAUACACACGGACUUCUCGGCCCAAUAUGCCGGUAUCUGUCUGGUAUGCAUGGGCGCCUUCGGGGCUGCCCCCAUCGUCAUAUGCUGGUACCUAGUCAAUCUUCGGGGGCAUAAGCAGCGGAGUCUCGGGUCUGGCUGGAUGAUCAGCUUCGGAAACACGGGCGGCAUCCUGGCUCCCUUUGCGUUUCUUUCGAAGUACGCGCCGCACUACCGCCCCGGCUACGCGAUAUGCAUGGCCGUAUCGGUGCUCGGGGUUGCAGCAGCGGCGUGCUAUGGGCUUCUCGUGCUAAGGGAGAGACAAAGGGCCCGUAGGGGCAACGUCGGCAGAACUAAGCCGCCACAUGUCCCAUCUUUGUGAAGACAAGGAACUUUGCAUAUCCGAGCAGGCUGCCUCCACCCAACGUAGACUAAGGUAGCAAAGAGGGCGCCAACCAUUUUGACCUGUUCAGCGAUACUAUAUCACGUCGCACUGGGAGGAUUCGCACCGGAAGGAUCGUAGGUAUUACGCAAGGGAGAGAGUGGCAACUUGCGGCCUCCGGCAAUGCAAUCCCUCUGGGUAACCACAACCCCCCUUUUCCCCCUUUGUUGCUGCAGCAGUUAAUAUAGGUAGGAGGUAGGUAGCGAGCAAACGGAUACCUAGGUACCUCUUAUAUUAGGUAGGUACCUUACACACCUCCUAUAUCCCUCGUCUACGUAGGUGCCUUAGGUACCGUUAUUACUUCCCUACAACGGGUAGUGGUUAAUAUAGGAGGUAAGUACCUACCCACCUACCAAGU